UCGCGGAAGCAGAAGUAAUGCUUGAUUCUGUUGGCGCGAGUCAAGAUAGAGGAAAUUAUUGGAAUAGGCUACUGUAACGUCUAAGAAUGGAGCUAAAAGGUCUAAAGUUGUAAAUCAAGAUAAGCCUCGGUAUGAUAAUGCAUCAUUCCUUGUUGGAGUGCGAUAAAUGAGCAAGGAUGUUUUUUUGGGGAAACCCGUUUGCGGUCACAAAGAUAGUGAAGAAUGCAUUGGACUUGUGGAGUCAGCCAAAGUGAACAGGAGUGGUAUGAUGUUGAUUUCAUGUGUGCCAAAAGGAGAAAGCGCUGUGGAUGUAGAAAUUAUCGACACAUGAAGUGGAAUGCUAUGAUUAUCGGAGUAGGGCACCGAUAAAAAGUGUAAUAUCUGGCAUCUCGAUGGAUAUUGAGGCUUCGUGGUUUAAUUAAGAUGAACAUGCCAGGAAUAGUUGAUUCACGUCGCUUAACCCGCACUGUGAAUGUAAAGAAAGAGGAAAGCCUUUCUGUAUUAUCGAUGUUUGAUGAAUAAUUUAUCCCGACCCAUGUAAGGCUGGGAUAUAAUUUAUGAGAUGUGCGAUGCAAGCUUAUGUACAACAGCCACUUCAAUGUCACGAAUGUAAAAAGUUUGGCCACCUGUCAAGUGUUUGCAGACGGAAUAUUAUUUUUGAAUAGUCUGUGACGGUAAUCACGUUCCAGAGUGCCCUGUUAGGGUUAAGGAGGUCAAAGUAGGUAGGAUCAGGGCUGUCGAGAAGGUCUCCUAUGCAGAGGCAGUGAACAUUGACGAAGAGGCGAGGAGAGUUCAUGAAGCUAUGGCAGUGGAUGAUGCCCAAUAGUAUGUGGAUGUCAGUCAGUUGAAAGAUUCUGAAACACUAAUCCUGAAGAAUGUUGAUUUUGUUGCGUUAAUUGCGCAGGUGAUUAAUUGUACAGGACAAACUAACAAAAAAUCGAAGAAACUGUAAAUCAUUGUGAAAGCGGCUAAAAUGUUAUUGGAUCUCCAGGAUUUCACUGCUGAAACAUUGCAGGGAAUACUGUCUGAAGAUGCUUCCCCCUCUCAGGCCACAGAGCCUGUGUAGGGAUCUGAGCACAUUUGAAUAAGUGAAUGAGUACAAUUACUUUCGUUUUGUUUUUUGAGAAUAAUAUGAGUGUGUUUUAUAAAUGUUUUAGUUUAAAAAACAAAAUCGUUAAAGUAUCUCAGUUUUUACCCCACCCAGUAGGUGGCGGCAAUACACCUUUUUGGAUGUAUUCCGCCAAUAAAGGUUGCUUGCUUUUAGUUGCUGGUCACUUCCUGAAUAUAGGUUACGAUUGUCUGUAAUAUAGUGGCAUGUUUAUCAGAUCCUCGACCACAAAGCAAGCUAUACAGAAAUAUUGAAGUGACUUUCCCUACUAAGAAAAAGUGAAGACAACCAUUUGCUGAAGGCUUGCCUUGACACUAACCAUGGACUAUUGGAGUGCCUUGGAGGUGUACAAGGAGAUGCUAUUGCUCUACCUGGAGGAAGGCAGGCGGCUUGUGAACACCAACUGCGAGGAGCUGGAACCAUGGCAGAUCAUUGGAGCUACUCUCAUCUCGACCCUAGGAGCAGUCUGGGUCAAAGGCUUCCUGUUUCAGCAAGAAACCCUGACAUCCCGAAUCAAGAAGCAGUGCUUUCGACUCAUCAGAAAAAUACCCUUUGUUGGCGCGACAAUCCAGACCCAGCUGAACAAGGCCCUGGCUGACAUGUCUCUCAGUCUUUGCACACUGAAGGAGGGUAUGAGCUAUACCAAACAGCUGCCUGAACAAGGGCUAACCCAAGUUGAAGUUCUAGACAGAAUCAGAGAGUAUCAAACACUGAAUGAAGUGGAUUGGGAGAAAGGACGAGUUUCAGGCGCAGUGUACUGGGGAGAUCAGACACUUACCAAACUUUUGGUGAAAGUGUAUGGAGACUUUGCAUGGAGCAACCCACUUCACCCAGACCUCUUUCCUGGUGUGAGGAAGAUGGAGGCAGAGAUUGUGAGAAUGGCGUGUACCCUCUUCAACGGUGGGCCCAACUCUUGUGGCACAGUCACCUCCGGAGGAACUGAAAGCAUAUUGAUGGCAUGCAAGGCGUACAGAGACAUGGCCUAUGAGCGGGGUGUGAAACAUCCUGAAAUCAUUGCACCAGUCAGUGUCCAUGCAGCCUUUGACAAAGCAGCAAACUACUUUGGAAUGAAGCUUGUUCAUAUUCCCCUGGACAAGAAGACCAUGAAAGUGGAUGUUCAGGCUAUGAGGAGAGCCAUCAACAAGAACACAGCCAUGCUUGUGUGCUCCGCACCCCAGUUCCCCCAUGGAAUCAUUGAUCCUAUUGAGGAAGUAGGAAAGCUGGCUGUAAAGUACAACCUCCCUCUGCACGUGGAUGCUUGUUUGGGAGGGUUUCUCAUUGUGUUCAUGGCCAAAGCCAAUUACCCACUGGCUCCCUUUGACUUCAGGGUAAAGGGUGUGACCAGCAUCUCUGCAGACACACACAAGUAUGGCUUCGCCCCCAAAGGUUCAUCAGUGAUCCUGUAUAGUGACAAGAAGUACAGGCAUUACCAGUACUUUGUGGCUCCAGACUGGCAGGGGGGCAUCUAUGCGUCCCCAUCAGUGGCAGGUUCUCGGCCAGGAGGUAUCAUCGCAGCGUGCUGGGCCACCAUGAUGUACAUGGGAGAAGAUGGCUACAUAAAGACUACCAAGAAGAUCAUUGACACUGCACGCACCAUCAAGACAGAAAUCCGUAAGAUAGACGGAGUGUUUGUGUUUGGAGACCCUGAAGUGUCGGUGGUGGCAAUAGGCUCUGACGUCUUCGACAUUUUCCGUUUAUCCAACGCACUGACGUCAAAGGGUUGGAAUCUCAACACGCUACAGUAUCCAUCCAGCAUCCAUAUCUGUUGUACAGUACUACACACACAGGAAGGUGUGGCCAAACAGUUCAUCAGUGAGGUCAAAGAGCAGGUGGCUCUCAUCUUGAAGAAUCCCAAUGAGAAGACCACUGGAAUGGGAGCGAUUUAUGGCAUGGCCCAGUCCAUCCCUGACAGAUCCAUGGUGACAGAGAUCUCCUGCGGUUUCCUGGACUGCCUCUACAGCACAGAGGAGCCCAAGUCAUCUCAGCCCCAGAAGACCCAUAUAAAUGGCAACAGCAACGGCAAGGCCCACUGAGUAGGCUGGCUGUGGCCUGGACACACACCUGGGUCAUGUUCAUUAGGGCACGCAAUGGAAAGCGUUGUAAAACGUUUUGCAUCGUAAAAAGAAAAUAAGUGUUUCUUAUUAGACAAGUUCAGGUAGUCCCUCCCUGUUUCAGUGCGUUUUCUUCCAUUUGGUGCCUAAUGAACACAGCCCUGGUUACCAGCUUGCUUCACCUCUGCUCCAUCCACUGCAUCACUCAACAGUUGCAUUAUCCUGCCCACCUUUUAUCUAUCUACUCACCCUUUUGCAGAUAUCUUCUGAAGCACAAGCCAUUGUUUUCAGCUACCGUAAGUGACGUUUUUCAAAUAUGUAGAAAGUGAAAGCACAUGUAAAAUAUGUAGAAUAGCAGCUCAAACCAUUCAGAUAGGGUUUGAUCUGUUUUUGUGAUUUCUUUAUGUAAUAUACAGUUGUGGGUUUAAAAAAAGUUCUAUUCAGCACUUGACGACGGUUUUAUUCAAGUUUCAUUUCAAUGUCUGUUCUUUCUCGAGAUUUUCUGUUUCAGUUAGGUGCUAUGAACUCUUUAAUUUACAAUAUCCUGAUAUCUCUCUCACAUAAUUGUCUCGAUCUAAAGUGGUGAUUGAAAAUAUUCUAGAUACCUUUUUUUUAUUUUUUAUAUCAGAAACAAUUCAGCCUCCAAGUAAUGUUUGGAGAGAGCAAGAUCACAAUCAUGUCAGAGAAAACCCCUCUACUGCCCCCUAUCAGAAAACACAAUUUUCUUCUCAAUACUCAUGUUCCAGGUACUUACAACAUAGUGAUUAAAUCAGUCUCUGUUUGAUUAAUGUACAACAAAUAACGGUUUUAACUGAAAAUCAAUGUAAUUUCCUAGUGAAAUAAAUAAUGACGCAAUGAACAGUAAUGAAUGAUAGAGGAGCAAUCAUAUCUGCAUGGAUUUGUAAGGACAACCAACUUUAAUCAUUUAAGACUUGAGCUCCUUUUGAAUUUAACACAUUACCUUCCUAGGCACUUAUUGUACUAUAUUGCAUAUAUACAUGUAUUCCUAAUUGUGGUCCAUCUGUGGCUAAUUGCAUCUUUCAGUAAUAAUUCAGACAGCAGGAAACCCUGGCUGCUGUAGUACACUAACUAGUAUACUCUGCACUGCCAAUAUGUUAAGAAUCUGAGACUGCAAUCCUCUGAUUUGACAACAUAUUCAUUAUCCCCUUCUAUUCUUUGAGUCAAUGGUUUAGUCUUGAAUUGAAUAUUCUGGCCAAGAAUUGAUCUCAAGGAACAGAAAACAACUUAUUUCAGCAUCUUUAUAGGCUUUUUUAAGUCUCCAUAAUCUCAGAUGUAAUCGUUUUUGAUGUGUUCUUGUAGUAAAUUAAUUGACUUCUCUUCUAAUUUUAUCUACCUCAGUUUCUGUUCAAUGCAAUUGUGUUGCUUAUUCACCCAGUAACAUCAUUGUAAGGCUAAAGAAGACAGGAAAAGCCUUAUGUAACGUUUAAACUUUUCAGACUAAACUGUUAUGGCAUAUGAGAAACUGCAAACUGUUCUUAAAAGCAAUGAUACUGGGAUGAAACAGUUUGCAAAAAAACACCCCUACUGUACACUUGGUAGGCAACCCCCCCAAAAAGUUUGAUCUUUCCCCUCAAUAUUUUCCAUGUGCAUUCACAUUAGUGUUUGUAGUCAAACUUAAGUGCAUAUCAGCUGUUUUCUUUCCAUGUCUGUGUCGCAGAUGUUUUCACUUUCUGGAGUCAUAAGAAGGGAAAUAGUCUGACAUGAAUGUUAUGAUGAUUUGAAUCAAACCAUUGAAUUAUGACUUUUAGCCUAGUCCUGUUGUAUCAUUCUUAAGCAUUGACUAUGUAACCACUGUGUGUUAUUGUAUUUUUUAUUAAUCACAAAUUGUCUCAUGUCAUUUUUAUUUUUGUUUUCUUAUCUUGAACCAUUGUGUUUUUAUUUUUGACUGCAGGGUAAGCACUAGUUUGGAGGUCAAUUCCGGUCCUCAAGGGCUGCAGUGUCUAGCUAGUUUGUUCUUUGAUUGAUUUUCUAGCGCCAAUGCUUGAUUAUAUAGCAAGAAUGAAAACCAAUAGACAGGGUGACCCUCAAGGACUGGAGUUGAGGACACUAGCUGGAUUACCUGAAAAUAUACAGUAAGUCUAGAGUGGAACAGUACCACUGAAAAAGGCACAUAGUUGUCAAAGACCUGACAAUGGAUUCAUCCUGUGGUGUCUAUUUUUCGGUGGAGCUGUCAAUGGGGAAAUAUCCACUAAUAUUUUGUGACAUUUUAAUAGCCAGGAUAUGAUAUUCAAUUGCAAUAGAAACAUGUACGUGUCCUUAUGGAAAAUAUUGGGAUAGUAUUAGUACUUGAGAAAUUGCUGCUUAGUGAUUACCCCACCAUAUUAUAUAAUCUGUAAAUUGUACAGUGAGAAUCUGUAAACUUUACGAAUGUGCAGUGAAAAUCUUAACGAAGCACCUUACCCUCUAGGAGGUAUGGUAAAAAAUCAUGCCUUCUGUUAAUGUUGUAAGGGCAUCAUUUUCACAGCAAUAGGCAUUUACCUGUAUGCCUUUAUAGGCCAGAUUGAUGAGUGCUAUUGGGUAAUGCCAAUGAAUAGAUCCAUAACAACAAUCUAUGUAUCUCUAAAGAAUGUAGAUUCUAUUUCUAUGUAACGAUCAGCCUCAGGGAUUUGGCUUCAUAACAUCAAGUUCAGUAAGGUCCCGUUCUCUUUUAUACUGUACAUGUAAAUGUUGUUAUUGAAAUAUAAUUAAAUGUUUAGAAAAUAAAAAUAUAUAGUGGCAUGAGUUUGUAGCUAUCUCGUGAGCUGGGCAUAAUUAAAAAUAAUACUAGUAAUAUGUUUUAUAUACUGUACUCUGCCUGGGGCGGCCAAAUCACUACAUCCACCCCUUACUAUUGUGUAAUUGUUUGCUAUCCUUCAUUAUUCCAGAGGAAACACCAUUUGAAAGCAUUUGUUGGCCUUGACUACACUCCUUUUAAGCACAAUUGAUCCAAAAAUACUUUCAGCACGCAGGAAGCUAAGCACCAUACCAUUUUCAAUAAGCCUACAACAGCUGUUCCAUUUAUGUUAUUUUUAGAGAAAAAAGUUCAAUGUGAUGAAACCUUGUUUAUAAUCUUGUGAUUUCUAGGAGGGGUGAAAUAUUCUGAGGCUGACCCCAUUUGUCUGCAGACCUCUCUUUGGACAAAUUAAUAAACAGACACGUACUGGUUA